CACAAAACGAGUCUACAGUUUCUUAGUUGACAUCCUUAUGUAUGGAUCCAGCAUCCACGGACCACGAGGCUCACGCUCUCAUUAAUUAAAAAAAACUCUUUUUUCAAACUCAAACCCAACCAAAUUCUCACAGUCAAUCAACAUAAUUUGUAGCAAUUUUACUUCAUCAUUUCUCCAAGCUGAAAAUCCCCAAGAAUCAUACUAGUUAGUACUGAAAUUUUGAAAUUUUGACAAUGGAAGACAAUUUAGAAGAAGAGAAAUCAACCCUUUUAUCAAAUCAUCAAAACUCAGAGGAUGAAACCCCAUCAUCCAGAAAGGGUGGUUUAAUUACCAUGCCUUUUAUUAUUGUGAAUGAAUCAUUUGAGAAGGUAGCAAGCUAUGGAUUGCUACCAAAUAUGAUAUUUUACUUGAUGAAUGUUUAUCAUUUAGAAGCUGCAAGAGGAACUAUUAUACUGUCACUAUGGUCUUCUGCUUCCAAUAUUCUUGCCAUUUUUGGGGGUUUUCUAUCUGAUUCUUACUUGGGUCGUUUUAAAGUCAUUGCUUUUGGAACUUUUUGUAGCCUUUUGGGAACAUCUCUGCUUUGGUCGACUUCUGUAAUCCCUUGGAUGAAACCUUCACCUUGUGUUAGUUCGAGUCAGAGUUGUGACUCUGCUACUCCACUUCAAUUUCUCGUUCUGUUUGGCUCAUUUGGUCUAAUUUCCAUCGGAGCUGGUUGUGUGAGACCUUGUUCAAUAGCUUUUGGGGCUGAUCAAGUGAACAACAAAGAGAAUCUCAAUAAUGAAAGGGUUUUAGAUAGUUUCUUUAAUUGGUAUUAUGCCUCAACUGGAUUGUCCACCAUCGUUGCCUUGACUGUUAUUGUGUAUAUUCAAGAUCAAUUUGGCUGGCCGAUUGGAUUUGGCAUACCUGCUUGUCUCAUGAUUCUUUCUCUCGUGGCUUUUCUGUUUGGUUCACCGUUGUAUGUUCAUGUAAAGGCUAAGGAGAACUUGUUCCUUGGUUUGUUUCAAGUUCCAAUCGCUGCAUAUCGGAAAAGAAAAAUUAGUCUUCCUCCAUAUAAUUCUAGUGAGCAUUACUUUCUUGGGAAUGCUUCUGAGGUCACAACUUUGACUGACAACAUAAGGUGCUUAAACCGAGCUUGUGUAAUAGUAGAUCCCGAAACAGAAUUAAAUCGAGAUGGAACUGCUUCAAAUCCUUGGAGGCUCUGCACAGUUGAGCGAAUAGAAACUCUUAAAUCAAUUUUAAGAAUCAUGCCUAUGUGGACUACCGGGAUCAUGAUGCUAGUGGCCCUAAACAACAGCUAUACGACCCUUCAAGCGAAAACUAUGGACCGACAUUUCAUUUCAAGUUUUGAAAUCCCAGCUGGUACCUUUCACGUCUUUUCAAUCGUAACCAUUACGUUCUGGGUAGCAUUCUAUGAUCGCGCACUUGUACCAUUAUUAGCCAAGUUUUUUGACAUGCCUCGUGGGCUUGGACCCAGAGUUCGUAUGGGACUUGGAUUACUCCUAUCGUGUUUAGCAAUGUUAGUCGCUGGGUUUGUGGAAUCAAUUAGACGGCAAACUGCGAUUAACGAGGGGUUGGAAGAUCAACCUAAGGCGGUCCUUGAGAUGUCGGCAAUGUGGUUGGUGCCACAGCUUGUGUUACUGGGACUCGCCGAGGCUUUCAAUGCAGUCGGGCAGAUAGAAUUUUAUUACGGUCACCUUUCUAAGACUAUGUCGAGCCUUGCAAUGGCAAUAUUCACGUUAGGAAUGGCGGUAUCAAGUCUGGUGGGUAGUCUAUUGGUUGAUAUCGUUGAUACUUUUACAGGCGCUGGCGGAAAGGUGAGCUGGUUAUCGAGUAAUCUAAAUAAGGGUCAUGUGGACUACUAUUACUGGUUAGUCGCUUUUCUUUGUCUCGUUAAUUUUUUGUAUUUUCUUAUAUGUUGUCGAGUAUACGGUCCAGACGAGAGUCACAGUCAGAGUCUCAGAAGCAGGAGGCAUGGUGCGAAAAAGGAAUCGGUUUGAUUCUAGAUCCUUUUCUAGGUUCUUUUUGUUGAUUAUGUUAACUACUUUGUAUAACUUGACUGAUCUAGAAUAAUGAUGAUAUUGCAAUGAUAUCGUAUACGUUCAAUUUCGUGUCAUUAUACAAUUGUAUGAUCGAAAAUUGUGAAAUUAUAUCUUGAUUUGCCUCGACAAUUUUCGAUAGAGUUCCUGGAAAUCAGAAUUCAUUCUGAUAGUAGCUGUUAGUUCAAACUUCACACUAUCAAGUGCUCAAAAGAUCGAAAUGUUUUGCACUCCGCUAUUCUACUUAACUUGUCAUGGCAUAUGUUUUCAUCUACACCCUUCUCAGUUCUCAUGAAAGAUUGCCCCUUCCUAAGACUAAAUACCCACUAAUUAUUAGGCCUUGCUAAAACUAGACCUAUCAAAUUGGUCAAGUUGGUAAAGAUUUUAGUUCUAAGUCAUUUCUUGAGUUUGGACACCGUUUUCACUUAUUUGUUUAUAUGUACACGACUUGAAGGGAUAAGGAGUAGCAGUGGCGAAACUUGGAUAAAGGUUUGAAUUCUUGACCUUUCAUUUUUAUAAACAAUAGCUUAACCAUAAAACACACAUUUUUUUUGGGGUAUGACGGCCGAAUAUGACAUUGUAUACUUCCAUUGUAGGGAGGAAAAAAGGUUUGUGUGUGACGCCUCCUCUGGCCCUAUACAAGUUGAAGAACGAGGAUUAAACUUUUCUUCGGUAAAUAUUUAUUCUAGGGGAAAUGAUGAUAAAUAUUAUCCUUGUUUUGAAGUAAUUGGUUACACCUUGAAAAUUUUUCUUCCAAUCUAGGCAAUAAUUUUUCUACGAUUAAUAUUCCAUAAUCUUUUACACCUAGUUCAUGCAAUUCAGGUGAGGCCUUAUGGCAAUACCAAUCAUGAUAUUGCAAGAUUUUACGCUUAAAAAAUUGUAUAAUUUGUGAUAAUACCUUUUUACUAUUACCAGUGGUGGAUCUAAAAAGUAUACUUAGUAAGGUCAAAAUGCAAUCAUAAAAACAUAAUGUUAGAUGUUUAGCUCAUUUACUAGACAAAGUCACACGUGGAUAUGACCUAAUCAGUAAUCACAUGAGCAUUGGGGUGUACUAUUACCGGUGGUGGAUCUAAAAAGUAUAUUUAGUAGGGUCAAAAAUCGUCUACCCUAGGCUCGACGAAUUGUGUUCCGACUCCAAAUUAAAGGAUUUGAUUUGAAAAACAAAUAUUGAGGGCUCUAGGGCUUCUCUUGGUAUGCCCCACAAUAAAAUUUUCACAACUCUUUCUCUUCUAACAAUUUUUUUAAAUUUUUUUUAAAAUUUUAUUGUCAAAUGUCUUUUAAUUUUAUGUAAAUUCUUUUCGUUGAGUUAUACUUUAUCAACGCAAGCACCCAUUAGUUGAAUUUCGUGUAUAUAGGUCGAAUGUUGGAUCAAUUUUUUGUCAUUGAAUAUUUUCGCCCGUGAGUUAAACUUGAUCAACGUAAGCACCCAUUAACAUGUAAAAUUCUAUUUUAUUUUUUAUAUUUAUAAUAUACAUAAAAAAAGGAUUAUAAUUUUUUAAAAACGUUUUCUAUAAACAUAAAAGAUGAUUUUUUCAUGCCUUUUCCAAUUCCAGCCAAACCAUUAUUUUAUUUUGGCAAAAUUAUAAGAAACUAUCUAUUCUAUAUUCCAUUUGUUAAAAAACUACCUUAUGUAAAAGUUUUUGUAAAAAACUACCUUAUAUAAUACAAAUUUUUACAAAACACUACCUUUUAACGGAUUUUAACAGUUGACCGUUAAUUUUGGCCUUUGACACUCACGUGACACUCACGUGACUCUUAAAAGGGACCUUCUUCUUCGUCUCAUUCUACCUCCACCGCCAUUGAUGAAACUCAACUACCCGAAACCAGUUAUUGGUCAUUUAAAAAGCAUGAUUUUUUCCCUGAAAAAUCCUUCAAUUUUUUCUCUUACUACAAAUCCGACCUUUCCUAGAUUUUCUCACGUCUCAAAGAUCGAUUAUUGAGUCGUUCUUCUGACUCUUUUGAGCUUAUUGAAUUGAGGAAAGAGAGUGUUAACCCUUUAAGCAAAUGUUUGACUUGGUAGGAUUUAAUUUGGCUUAGUUUUGGAUCUGUUGUCGGGUCGGGUAUUUUCAUUAUUACGGGUCAAGAAGCUCAUAGCCAUACUGGCCCUGCAAUUUCUAGGCUUUCUGCUUUACUAUCAGUGUUUUGUUAUACUGAAUUUGCCGUAGAAGUCCCUGUUGCUGGUGGGUCUUUUUCUUUCCUUAGAAUUGAACUUGGUGAUUUUAUUGCUUUCAUUGCUGCUAGUAAUAUACUCCUUGAAGCUAUUGUUGGUGCUGCUGGUUUAGGUAGAUCAUGGUCAUCUUAUUUUGCUAGUAUGAUCAAUGAUAAUUCUGAUUUCUUGCGGAUUUGAGUUCAUUCUCUCCCAGAAGGCUUUCAUCUUCUGAUUUCUUGCGGAAAGCGAAAAUGAAAUGAAGAAGAAGGUCCCUUUCAAGAGUCACGUGAGUGUCACGUGAUGGUCAAAGGCCAAAAUUAACGGUCAACUGUUAAAAUCCGUUAAAAGGUAGUGUUUUGCAAAGAUUUGUAUUAUAUAAGAUAGUUUUUUGCAAAAACUUUUACAUAAGGUAGUUUUUUAACAAAUGGGGUAUAGAAUAGGUAGUUUCUUAUAAUUUUGCCUUUUAUUUUUUGCAAAAAGACAACACACUCCCUCCUAUUUACUGUUGCUCUAUUUGGUAUUUGGUUUUUUUGAUAAUAUUCAUCAGUUACUUUUAAUAUGUA